AAAUUGUUAGAUGUAACGCGUUUUCAUUAUAAAGUUAGUCCUUUAUCGCCACCGGUAGGACGCAGAGGGGGCGGUACCAUAAUGGCUACCACGGUAGUGAAGCUGGUGGCGAUACCAGCAGCAAUAGGAUUGGCCUCGUUUCGAGUUUAUGCCACGAGUGAGGACAAAACCAAGGAUGUGCUACUUUCCCCCAGAGAGCUGUCUAUCUAUGCUCAGGAUCCUUCAGCAACGCGGUACCUAGAUGAGCAGCCUGGACCUCUGGAGAGAGGGCUGGGGAGGGUGCGGGUGGGACUCCAGCCCUACGUUAGAGCCCUUAAGAAUAAUUAUUCAUCUGCCAAGGUUGGAGCUGUUACAGUUUACACAACUGGACACGAUACAUACGAGUUUCUGAGAAGUCCUCCUCCUGGUUUCAUCCCAAGGGUCAGUGUGAUCACAGUUUCUGGGUUAGCUGGCCUGAUCCUGGCAAGAAAAGGGUCAAGUCUGAAGAGGAUGGGGAUCCCUCUUGCUCUGGCAGCUGUAGGGACGGCCGUGUGCUAUCCCGCACAGACAGUCAGUGUUGUAAAGGUGACGGGACAGAAGAUCUAUGCAGGUAGCCAGUAUACCACCUCAUCUGUGGCAUCAGUAUUUAAGUCAAAGCCUAAAGAAUUUACUCCACCAACUGUCAGUCUUGAGAAUCAAGCCCUGCCAUGGCCAGAAACAUCUGAGGCUGAACCUGACCUCCAUCCCACCACAGAGUUGCCCCAUACGGAGGGUUCUAUUGACACCAAGCCUUCUGCAGGAGUACCACUUAAGACAACCGAUGUGUUGGAGCAAGAGGCUGUUCAGAUUGAGAUUGUUCCUGCUACUGAGUCAGCCCAUGUUGAGGACGAUGGCCACGCCCAUGCUCAAGAUGCUGCCACAGUGGAGGCACCUGUCCUUGUGACUGAUGAGGAAGCUGCACCUCCUGUUGAGACAGUUCCACUUGCUCCUAUUUCGGACACUGUCCAUGCACCUCCCCCAACAGAAGCAGUUUUUUUGGGUCCACCUCUUUCUGAGAUGACUGGUAUUGAGGAGGCUUUCCCUACACCAGUAGAUAGGGUUGUUGCACCAUCUCUCGUUGAGGAGGAGGCGGCUGCACCUCCCCCCGCUCUCGUUGAGGUGGAGGCGGCUGCACCUCCCCCCGCUCUCGUUGAGGUGGAGGCGGCUGCACCUCCCCCCGCUCUCGUUGAGGAGGAGGCGGCGGCACCUCCCCCCGCUCUCGUUGAGGAGGUGGCGGCGGCACCUCCCCCCGCUCUCGUUGAGGCGGCGGCACCUCCCCCCGCUCCCGUUGAGGAGGUGGCGGCGGCACCUCCCCCCGUUCCCGUUGAGGAAGAGGCGGCGGCACCUCCCCCCGUUCCCGUUGAGGAGGAGGAGGCGGCGGCACCUCCCCCCGUUCCCGUUGAGGAGGAGGAGGCGGCGGCACCUCCCCCCGUUCCCGUUGAGGAGGAGGAGGAGGCGGCGGCACCUCCCCCCGUUCCCGUUGAGGAGGAGGAGGAGGCGGCGGCACCUCCCCCCGUUCCCGUUGAGGAGGAGGAGGCGGCGGCACCUCCCCCCGCUCCCGUUGAGGAGGUGGCGGCGGUGGCAGCACCACCCCCCGCUCCUGUUGAGGCGGAGGAGCCGUCUGUGAUUGUAAUAAAAACAGCUGGGAAACCUAAGUUUGCCCCUGACCCAAAACUAGUUGACAUGGGCCAGGCCAGCCCUGAGGAUGAGGACCUGUACAGCACACGUGGAUGAAGAACUACAGGUGGAAUUGAAAAUGGAGGGCAAUGUGUGUUGGGGGAUAAGGACAACCCACAGAAAUAUUAAUAUAAUGUUAUACUUUAAAGCAACUCUAGGUUUUCAGGUGCUGGUUUCUCUCUUACCCACAGCCCUACAGGCUAUACCCCAAUGCCCCAUCCUACUUCCCAAGUGUUCACUACUACACCUCCUGAAAUGGAUUCAACAUUGUUAGAAAGGCCUUUCCUCAGCCAAUUCUUUCAACAAUCCAGUUUGAAUCCAUGACAAAAAGGAGGAAAAAAUUGGAGCAGUCGUACAGUACUAGAAUGUUUUCUUUCUCGGGUGCCAUCUGUUUCAUUGAGGAGCCUGUGGUUUACAUAUACACCCACAGGAAUUUGGGUGCAGGCAAUCAUCUGUACGCUCUGCCUCCAGAGCCACCACUCAAGGUUUACCUACCAGCACUUAGGUUUCUCUGUAAAUCUCAUUAACACUAUUUCAUUACUGUGAAAGAGUUUUGUUAUAAACCAGACUGGACCAUUCCACAAUAGGUAUUCAUAAUAGGCUUUGUUUUUACCAGUGACUUACCUACUUGGGUCACUGCACUGCUGUUUAUUUCUGCCUGCCUCAUGUGGUGGAGUUCUGUUAUUAGUCACGUCAAUCUAUGCAAAUAUUUGCUGUGUGCCAUUUUGUGAACAAGUAUGCAGUUUUAACACUUGUCCACAUUUUGUAGAAUUUGUUAGUUCUUGUAGAACUCUCAAGUUAAACAUUUUGAUUUGUAAAAACCCAAAAAUGUAUGGCUGUGUUGUUAAAGUUUGACAAUCCCUGACAAGCCCACAUUCUACAAGUAGGCCAGUUUUGAUGUGUGUGUGUGUGUGUGUGUUGGAAAAUCUGAUGUUCUAGUACUUGAUAUCAUAUUGAAAAUAUUAAAGACUUUUCUUGUAGUUUACAGUAUAGGCAAGAGGAUGUAUUUUACAAUUUAACAUAUUUCAGGAUAUCAGUCUUCACUGUGAUAAUUGUUUCUUUGGGCAAUAGAAUGACCAAAUAUGGAAUAAAGGGAUUUUCCUCA